CUCCCAUCCCUCGCCAUGCCCCGGCUCCUGCCGUCCCUGCUGGCAGGGAUGCUCCUGGUGCUGCAGCCCCCGGGGACUCAGGAGGCUCAGUGUCCCAUCCCUCACAUUGCAAACGGGCAGCUGAGCUCUGCUGAGAACUUCACCUAUGGCAGCACAGCCACGCUGGAGUGUGAGCCCGGGUUCGUGCCCACUGGCACCACGGUGAGGUGCACCUUCAAUGGCAGGUGGUACCCACGGGUGCCCUCCUGCAUCCCAGGGCAGUGUCCCCACCCUCCCGCUGUGGACUUCGCUGACCCCCAGCCCCGGCGUGAGUUCCUGGUCGGGACCACCCUGAGCUACUCCUGCAGAGCCGGCUUCUCCUCGAUCCCCGGGGUGUCCCCGACCAUCACUUGUCUGCAGAACUUCACGUGGUCCUCGGUGCCAAGGCUCUGCCAGAAGGUGCAGUGUCCCAGCCCAGACAUCCCCCACGGCAGAGAGAGCAGCCCCAGCAGAGCCCAGUACACCUUCGGGCAGCAGCUGGAGUUCCAGUGUGACCAAGGCUACGUGCUCAAGGGCAGUGAGAGGGUGCAGUGCUCGGCUGACGGGGUGUGGAGACCCCCGGUGCCCUACUGUGACAGGGUCUGUGACCCCCCUCCCAAAAUCGCACACGGGCAGCACUCUGGCUUUGGGGUUAAGCAGUUCCCCUACGGCUCUGAGGUCAAGUACAGCUGUGCAGAGGGGCUGUCCCUCAUUGGGAACGAGUCCCUGUACUGCACCUCCGAGGAUGGGGACAACCUGACAUGGAGUGGACCUGCCCCGGAGUGCAGGGUGGUUCGGUGCCCCAAGCCCGUGGUGCAGAGGGGCAGGAUGACCCCACAGACGUUCACCUUUCCCUACGGGCUGCUCCUGCACUUCUCGUGUGACCAAGGCUUCGGGCUGAGCGGCGCUGCCCAGAGCCGGUGCCAGGCUGAUGGCACCUGGGACCCGCCCGUGCCCACCUGCCAGCCAGUUCUGUGUCCACAGCCACGAGUGCCCUUUGGGAGGCUGAAAAGCCCUUUGGGUGGCAGGAGGUGGUACCAGACCAACGAGACUGUCACCUUCGAGUGCCUGCCUGGCUACCAGCUCCCAGACAAUGCAAUGGUGCCUUUGGAAGAGUCCUGGACAGCCACGUGCUUGCCUGAUGGCAGCUGGACACCUCUGCCCAAGUGUAUGAAAGAAGGUGAUGCUGAUGUGUGUCAAGAGGUUCAUUAUAUUAAAUCGACCUUUGAAUGUGGUGUGCCUCUAGAAGAAGUGAAAAGUCUGCUGGAAAUACAGAAACUGUUCCUGGAGAUUAAAAAAAUAGAGAUGGAACUAGAAAACUGUGACUGUGGGCCCCCUCCUGCCAUGAGCUACUCCAGGCCCUCCAGCAACUCCAGCAGAUUCCCAGUGGGAUCCAGGGUGACGUUCACCUGCUCCGAGGGUGCCCGCAGGAUCCCGGGGCUGUCUGACACCAUGGAGUGCCUGCCUGGCAAAAUCUGGUCCAGUCUGCCUGAGCCCUGCGGCCGGAGCUGCGCUGCCCCAGCCAGGCUGAGUUUUGCUGCCCUGUCCAUGGUGGAUGGGAGGAGGAAUUUCUUCCCUGUUGGCACCAACGUGAGCUACGUCUGCCGGCCUGGCUACGAGAACAUCUCAGAGAGUUUCCCCUCCAGCACCUGCCUGGAGAACCUGACCUGGUCACAGCCCGCUGAGCUGUGCAGGAAGAUGUCCUGUGGUGUCCCAGGAGCUGUGCCCGGGGGGAGGAUGGGUCCCCUCAUGGACCUGCAGCUGGGAGCACGAGUGGAUGUGUCCUGUGAGGAUGGGUACAAAUUAGUCGGGAAUAAUUUCAUCAGGUGCCAGCUGAAAGGAAAAGAUAUUGAAUGGAGCAAACUUCCAACUUGUGAAUUAAUUACCUGCUCUCCACCUCCUCCAAUCAGCCACGGCAGACACGAUGGCGAAGGAGUUGAGAUUUUUGUUUAUAACUCCACGGUGACCUACAGCUGUGAGCCCAACUUCCAGCUGCUGGGGAACGGGAGCAUCCAGUGCACGAGCAGGGACAAAACCAGCGGAGUCUGGAGUGGAGCUGCACCCGAGUGCAAAGGGGACUGCGGGCCGCUGCCGAAUAUCAGCCACGCCGAGCCCCGUGGGGACAUCAAAGAGCAGCAGAGCUUCAGCGUGGGCUCCACAGUGACCUUCGUCUGUGUCCCGGGUUACACCAAGCGCCCCCUUCUCUCCGACACCAUCCGGUGCUUGUCCAACUCCCGCUGGUCCAGCCUGCCCGACAUCUGCGGCCGCAGCUGUCCCAGACCUCCAUCUGUGCCAUUUGCUGCCCUAUCACCAGAAGACCAAAGACAGAAUUUUUAUGCUGUUAAUACCACGGUGAGGUACAUUUGUCGCCCAGCUUUUGACAACACCACAGACCAGCCCCCCACCAGCACGUGUUUGGACAGCUUAACGUGGACAAAAGUUCCUGAACUGUGUCUGAGGAAAUCUUGUGGUAUUCCAGCCAAUCCAGAACACGGCCAAGUGUUCAUCAUAAAAGAUCAUCUGCUGGGAGCAACAGCCAAUGUGGUUUGUGACCGUGGGUACAGAUUAAAGGGAGAAUCGCCUUCCAUCAGGUGUCUCCUACAGGGAGACAAAGCUGUCUGGAGUCCUCUUCCAGCUUGUCAGGCUCUUUCCUGCCCCCCUCCUCCAGCCAUCCCCCAGGGGCAGCACAGCGGGAACAGCUCGGGGCAGUUUGUGUUCGGCUCCGUCACAACCUACAGGUGCGAGCCGGGGCUGCAGCUGGUGGGACAGGACACGCUGCGCUGCGGGGACAAUGGCACCUGGAGCGGGGCCCCUCCCGCCUGCCUCGUUAAAACCACAACAGAGACAAAUCGAACCAAAUCCUCAGAAGAGAAUCCUUAUUGGCUGGCAAGCAUCCUCAUUCCGAGUUGCAUUGUUCCCCCAGUAGCCCUUGGAAUUGUAGCUGGGAUCAUCAUGAGACGGAAGGAGAGUGAAAAGCACUCUUAUAAUGUGAAUUUAGAAAAGCAUGAGAUGAACGGGAGGGAUGCAGUGAUGCACCUGCAGGUUACAGAUGAGAAGAAGCAACCCAAGCCCUGGAAUUCCUAUUUUUGCCACACAGGGAACUGCCACGUGUGUCCCAGGUGUGAGGAGCAGCUCCACGGUGACCUGGCCCCUCUCUCAGAGCCCACACAGCACGGCUGCAGCGCCUGCCGGGGCUGGCUGAGCUCCCAAAAACCCCGCACCCACUCGGUCCCCAGCAUCGGUGACACUGGGGACAGGCAGAGCCCAGCAGGCGCCAGCUCUCCUGCCAAAGCCGUGGAUGUGCCCAGGGGGAAUGGCACAGGGGAAGCUGCUCCAUGCAGGAGUGAGGCAGAGCAGCCCAUGCACCACCAAAGUGACCACAUCUGUCCCAUCUGUGAGAGCUGGCUCCGUGCCCACACUGGCCAGGGUGACAGCAGUGCUGUGACACCGGGGGAGUGGCAGGACCAGGGCCUGCAGGGCCCUGUCUGCCCUCCCUGCACGGACCAGCAGCUCCUGGCCCUGGUCCACGGGGACACAGCCAGCAGCCCCGUGUGUCCCCUGGCCAGGGAGGGGACCCCAGCCCACCUGGCCCCUCUGCACAGCCCCGGCUGCCACACCUGCCCCGUGUGCUCGGUGCCCACCCACGCUCACCUGUGCCAGCCCCAGCGCCUGGCACCCAUGUGCUCUUUGUGUGCCUGCCCCCCAUGUGCCUGUCCUGCCUGCUUCUCACCUCUCUUUUCUCUCUCACUAGGUGCUUGUGAUCCUCCCACAAGGUUACAGUUUGCUGAGCUAAAUGAGGAGCAUAGAAAUGCCAUUGGUUUUUCUGUUGGGAAGACCGUGCAAUACACUUGCCGCCCUGGAUAUGCUAAAGUCCCAGGAAUGUCACCUACUAUUACAUGCCUUGAGAGCGGAGUGUGGUCAGAAGCACUAGAGUUCUGUAAAAGGAAACAGUGCAGUCACCCUGGUGAGCCUAUGAAUGGCAAGAUUAUUUCCCAGUCAGAUUUCCAGCUUGGGUCUACAGUGGUUUACAGCUGUGAAGAAGGGCACAGGUUAAUUGGACAACCCAGCAGACACUGUAAGAUCUUUAGGGGACGAGUUGCAUGGAGUGGGGACGUUCCCAUCUGUCAGCGCAUCCCUUGCGAGCCCCCUCCGGACAUCCCCAACGGGAAGCACACGGGGAGGCUGCAGGACGAGUUCCACUACGGCAGCUCGGUGACCUACACGUGUAACGCCGGCUUCCCUCUGCACGGGGAGCCCUCCAUCCACUGCACCACCCGUGACGGCUACAACGGCGUGUGGAGCGAGCCCCUGCCCGCCUGCGGAGCGGCGAAUUGCCCUGUCCCACAGAUCCAGAAUGGGAGGAUCGUGGCUCCCAGGUCUGCCUACUCACACAGGGACACGGUGACCUUUGAAUGCGACCCAGGCUAUGCCAUUCGUGGCCACAGAGAGGUCCAGUGCCAACCAAACAACACCUGGGAGCCGCCUGUGCCAGUCUGCCAGCAGGCUGGCUGCAGAGCCCCUGCCAGGCUGGGCUUUGCCGAGCUGAAGGAGCCCUACAGGAACCAGACGGUGUUUCCCGAGGGGAGCAGGGUGGAAUACGAGUGCCAGCCUGGCUACACGCAGCUGCUGGGGGCGUCACCAGCAGUCACCUGCCUCAGCAACCAGACGUGGUCUGCAGCGCUGGAGUUCUGUAAAAGAAAGCAGUGUCCCACCCCAGGGAACCCAGAGAAUGGCAGAGCUGUUGUCCUGACAGAUCUCCUCUUCGGAUCCAAAAUCAAUUACAUUUGUGACAAAGGGUACAAGCUGGUGGGAGGCUCGCACAGAAUUUGUGAGGUCUCUGGCACAGAUGUCUCGUGGAGUGGGGAUCCUCCUGUCUGCCAGCGUAUCACCUGUGCUGCCCCUCCUGCCAUCCCCCAGGGCACACACAGCGGGGGCUCCAGGGCCAGCUUCUCCUUCGGGGACGUGGUCACCUACACCUGUGCCUCGGGGCUGACCCCAGCUGGAAACACCUCCCUGUCCUGCACCUCUGUGGAUGGGGAGCAUGGCACGUGGAGUGGGGCAGUGCCACGGUGCCAAGAGGUGUGGUGUCCUGCCCCCCCCAGCAUUGCCAACGGGCGCCACGGUGCCAGCCCCGGUGCCAGGCACAGCCCGGGCUCGCUGGUUCUCUACUCGUGUGCCGAGGGUUAUUCCAUGCUGGGGAACGCCUCCAUCCGCUGCACGGCCAAGGGAACCUGGAGCCGGCCCCAGCCCCGCUGCCAAGCAAUUGGCUGCACCAGGCCAGAAAUCGAGAAUGGAAAAGCCUCUGGGUUGGAGACCACCUUCAUGCUGGAGGACUCUGUUUUCUUCGAGUGCAACCUCGGUUAUGCCUUGAAGGGCUCUCAAGAGUCUCAGUGCCAGUUUGGGGGCAAGUGGCACCCUCCUGUCCCCACCUGUGAGAAGUUGCCACCAUGUCCUUCCCCUCCAGUGAUCAGAAAUGGCCAGCACGACAGCAAGGGUGUGAGGGAGUUCUUCCCUGGCAUGUCAGUGAAGUACCACUGUGACCCUGGGUACGUCCUCACUGGAAAAACCACGGUUUCCUGUUUGCCCUCGGGAGUCUGGAGCAUCCCUUACCCCCUGUGUGAAGCGAUCACCUGCAGCAGCCCCAGGAUCAAGGACGGGGAGGUGGCAGAGGGCCAGAGGGCUGUGUACCACCCUGGGGACAACGUCACCUUCCAGUGCCACCCGGGCUUCGUGCUGAGGGGCAGCCGUGGGGCCGAGUGCCAGCCCGACAGCAGCUGGGUGCCCGCUGUGCCCACCUGCCAGCCAGUGCUGCUCUGCCCGCCGCCCCCCGUCAUUGCCCACGCCACGCUCAGCGCCCAGCCAGGGACCAACUUCAGCAGUGGCACCUCCGUGAGCUACAGCUGCCAGCCUGGCUACUCCCUGCUCGGGGACCCCUCGCUCCUGUGCACGGCCUGGGGCAACUGGAGCCUUCCCUACCCACGCUGUGCAGCCGGUUGUGACACACCAACGUCGCUGCUGUUUGCUGAGCUAAGCAAGGAAUAUGAAAAUCAGACUGAGUUUCCUGUUGGGACGACUGUGAACUACACUUGUCGACCUGGAUACGUGGAACAGCCACAGAUAUCACCAACUAUCACAUGUCUUGAAAAUCUAACGUGGUCUGAAGCCCAGGAGUUUUGCAAAAUGCUGCAAUGCCCUUCACCUCCAAAUAUUGACAAAGGAAACCACGACAGCCAGGACUUGGAGGUUUUUCCCACCGGGAUGGUUGUGAACUACAGCUGUGACCCUGGCUACAGCCUCCUGGGACAGGCAUCCAUCCACUGCACCGACUCUGGCAACUGGAGCCUCCCCCUCCCUCAGUGUGCAGGUGGCUGUGGUGCACCUCCAAACCUGACCUUUGCUGAGCUAACCAGGGAAUACAGAAACCAGCUGGAAUUUGCAGUUGGGGACACCGUGCGCUACAGCUGCCGGCUGGGACACUCGAGACGCCCCGGGGUGCCCCAAACUCUGACUUGCCUCCAAAACCACACGUGGUCUGAAGCCCUAGAGUUCUGUAAAAGGAAGCAAUGUAGCCACCCAGACCCCCCCAGGAAUGGCAGAGUUGUUGUUCUCACAGAUCUCCUUUUUGGGUCCACCGUGAACCACACGUGUGAUAAAGGGUACAGACUGGUUGGACAGCCCCUCAGGAGAUGUGAGGUUUUGGGACGAGAUGUUGCCUGGACUGGUCUGCCUCCCGUCUGUCAGAGAAUUUCUCUUUCAGGGGUGCUGUGCCCGGUCCCACAGAUCCGGAAUGGGAGGGUGACUGUCCCCAAGCCCCGCUACACCUACAGGGACUUUGUCACCUUCAGGUGCCGCCGAGGCUUCACCCUGAGGGGCCACCCCACGUCCCAGUGCCAAGGGGACAGGAGGUGGCACCCACCCCUCCCUGUCUGUGAGCAGGAUGGAGUGGCAGAACGUUUUCACCACCCUGAUACCACAACAAAGCCAGUGCUGCGUUGCUCCAAGCCUGCAAAUAUCACCCACGGGUCUUUCCUUGGCCCAGUAAAAGCAGUUUUUACUCCGGGAACAUCUGUGAACUACAUCUGUGAGCCUGGCUUCUCCCUCCUGGGGACAGCAUCCAUUUAUUGCACAGCGUCUGGAGCCUGGAGCCACACCCCUCCCGUCUGUCAAGCUGUGGAGUGUCUGCAGCCUCCAAACAUCCCCAACGGGAAGGUGAGAGGCAGCACCGCAGCCACCUUUGCCUCCGGAGCCGCGGUCUCCUACAGCUGCAAUCCUGGAUUUGCACUGCUUGGGAAUGCUUUCAUCAACUGCACGGAGUCGGGAUCCUGGAGCCAGCCCCUCCCGCAGUGCAAAGAGAUCCGAUGUGAAUUUCCGGAUGUCCAAGGUAUUAAAAAAGCCAUUAAAGGAAAUACUUAUCGCCCUGGGGCUAACAUCACUCUUGAAUGUGACGAUGGUUACGUGCUGGAAGGCAUCAGCCACAUCCAGUGCCAAGAGGAUUUCAGCUGGGACCCACCCGUGCCAGCCUGUAAACUGAGUGAGUGGAACGUAAAACAAAGCACAAACAGAAACAUGCAAAUGCAUUCUGGACAUGCAAAUAUCUGUAUUGUUGCGAAGAGGAAGUUUGCAAGGGUGUGGUUCUUGUUCCGAGCUAUCCCCGAGUGUCCCCGAAGAGCUCGGAGCUGUCCCCGAAGUGUUCCGAGCUAUCCCCGAGUGUCCCCGAAGUGUUCCGAGCUAUCCCCAAGUGUCCCCGAAGUGUUCCGAGCUGUCCCCGAGUGUCCCCGAAGUGUUCCGAGCUGUCCCCGAGUGCCCCCCCCGGCGCUGGGGGCGGGGCGGGCUGGGCGUGCCGCGCAUGCGCACCCAGCUCAGCGCUGCGUCUCCGCCGCUGCCGGGAGGGAGCGGAGCGGCCGCAGCCGCGGCCCCGCUGCGGGGAUGGGGCAGCUCCCGGUGCCAUUCUCGGUGCCGUUCCCGGUUCUGCUGUCGGUGCUGCUGCUGUGGCAGCUCGGUGGAGCUCGGGCUCAGGGUGAGUGUCCCCCUCCGGAGCGGCUGCAAUACGCAGAGCUCGAUAACAGCUCCAAGGGAAAGCAGAAUUUUCCAGUUGGGACCGAAAUCUCCUUCAUCUGCCGGCCAGGAUACAUGAGAGUGCCAGGGAAGUUACCGAUCUGGACAUGUGGUGAUAACUUGCAGUGGUCAUCCUCGGACGUGUUCUGUAAAGCAAGAUCAUGUAAGUACCCAGGAGACUUGGAAAAUGGUUAUUUUGAUCCAGCAGAUCUUACAUUUGGUUCAAAGCUGAAGUUUUUUUGUAAAGAAGGAUACAGAUUACUGGGUCGUGGAGAGAUUUCCUGUGUUAUCAAGGGUGAAGGUGUUGACUGGAAUGGACUUCUGCCUUACUGUGAAAACAUUCCUUGUGAGCCACCUCCCAAAAUUGCCAACGGGGUGUACGAGGAGAGAGAUGGCUACGUGUACCACAGCUCAGUGACCUACAGGUGCCAGGAUUCCUUCUCCCUCAUUGGCCCAGACACCAUUUACUGCACAGCUGAUGCAAAUUCAAACGGAGUUUGGAGUGGGCCACCUCCACAAUGUCGAGUGGUCAAAUGUGAAGACCCCAGAGUUGAAAAUGGGAAAAAAACAUCUGGAUUUGGAUUUUCCUACACUUACAAGGACUCAGUUGUGUUUGAGUGUGAUCCAGGCUAUUUCAUGGUUGGAGCAGAGGCAAUUACCUGUGGAGAAAAUAACACCUGGGUUCCUCCAAUACCAACUUGUGAGAAAAUUACUGUAGAUAUUUGUCCUCCCCUGAAGAUCCCCAAUGGGGCCGUGGAUCCAAGCAAACCUUCCUAUGGAAAAGGGGAGUCUGUGCAGGUCAGGUGCAAUGCUGGCUGCUCCUUCCCUGAUGGCUCUGCAGAGGUGACAGUGACCUGUGAGGGACAGGGAUCCUGGAGUGCUUUCCAACAAUGUGCCUGUGUGUCUGAAGGUUCUGGUUCCACACCAGUCAUAAAUCAUGGGAGAGUGACAGAUGGACAAAAACCUUCCUACUCUGUGGGGGAUUUCAUUACCAUCGAGUGUUACUCGGGGUACACCUUGCAUGGGGAGCCUCAGAUUCAGUACAUGGGAAACAACCAGUGGGUGCCUGCAGUGCCAACCUGCCAGCUCAGUGGAUAUAUUAUAGCCAUCAUCUGUUUGAUUGUGGUAAUUGUGAUGCUCCUGGCAGCUUUCUGGAUCUACAAGAAAUUCUUCUCACAGAAUGGCUCAUACACAGUUGAUGAGAGUUGCAAGGAAAUUUGUAUUUUAAAAACUAAUGUCCCAGCUGAGAUGGAAGAAACUGCACAAAUGAAUUAAUGAAAAGGAAACGUGACAGCACUCCCAGUUCUGCCGAAUAUAAGAUGUGUAAAGCAUGACUGACCUUUUUUGGGGGGUGGGAGGGACUUUGCAGAGGAAUAUCCCUGCCAGAGCUGCAGAAUGAUUGAUUGCCCUUGCAGUGAGUUACACGAGCUCCCUGUGCUGUGUCUUGCUCUGCUGCUGAACUGGAGGAGGAGGAGAUGUGUGAUAGGAUCCAAGGUGUGUGAGCAUCUAGGUAACACAUAGGAUAGAUCCUGCUCUGCCUCCUGGGCCCCUCCUUGUCCUUCCUUGCUUGUGGGCUGGGGCAAAGGCUAUUCCUGUAGCCACAGUGUGUGGGAGGGAGUGCUGGAAUGUCACUGUCCCAGUGCCAGCUGCUGCUGCCUGCUGCUUUCAGUGCCACCUCUUUGCUUACAGAUGUGCAAUGCUCUCCUCUCUCCUGUCGAGCUCUGCUCACCCAAACAUGAUUGUCCUUCCCGUCCCUUUUGGCACUUGAGAUGGUGUAAAUGGUUCUGUUGUUUCCCUUGUGCUCUGAAAUGUGUUGUUGCUCAUUCCCUGAAGUCUGGUGCCGUUGAAGGCAAUGUCUUUUGGAAACUAUCACAAUUAAGAUCUUAUAUACUCUACCUCUUUGUCUGCCAAAGUUGGUUGCUGUAUAUAUAAUGAAUUAAAGUGUGCCUUGAAAUCAGACUUCUAUAGCUUUUCCUUUGCUUUUAAGAAGGAAAAAAGCCAUAUAUAUUUCUGAUUAUUUGCUAUAAUCCCCCCAAAGACUGCAGUGGAUUUGUUGGAACUGAAAACCGAAGGAUUCUGUAGCAAAGGCAUCCCCUGCCUGUUGACAGGAGGUCCCUAAUUAAAGGAACUGCUGUGAGCUCAGUGGUGGUUCCUUAGGGUGCUUGAUUUUUUUAGUGAGCCUUGAUGUCAGUUCUGGAGAUCUUCUGUUGCUUUCAAGGGUAGAAACAGGUGCUGUGUGAUCCACCCCCUUUGCUUUUUCACUUGAAGUCACCUAUUCCACAUUUUUAACCUCUGGCUGCAGACUGGGAUGUUGAAUCAAGCCCUGAAAAGCUGGAUUUAGCAUCAGAUUCCUGUUUAGAAGCAGAAGCUUUUCCCUGUCACUCACUUUUCAUGUUAAAGGAAAACCAAACUAGUUCAUUUAUGUGAGAUGUGGUGCUCUCUUGUUUGCUGCUUGUCCAUCAAAUGUUUUAGUCUAGAUUCUGACUCCAGGAGCUCCCACCAUGGUGUUUGCCAUUACCUGAGACUCACUGCUACUUCUAAUUCCUCAGCAAACCCCAAAUCUUAACUAGAACAGGUUUUAGCUUCAUGAAUCUCACUAUCACCAUGCAGGCAGCUUCUGAUUUUCACAGAAAACCCAAAUAGCCUCACUUCAGAUGCCUGAGGCAGCAUUGGAAGGGCUCUGGCUUGUCUGUGGCUGCUUGGCACUGCUCCCCCUGUCAUCAACAGCUUGUUGGAGUGGCACAGAACUGUUUGGGGCUUUGUAGGGCUUUUUGGGACAAUCCCAGCAGUCCUAUUGUUGGAGUUUAUAAUAGGCUGUGCUUAUUAGAAAGGGGCUUUGGCUCUGCAGGAGGAUUUGCUGUUGGUGGCCUGGCUGAUAUCUCAGUUUGAGAGAUGUUUGUAAACACUGGGAUGUGUGACUGGGACUGAGUGUGGUGGUGGUCAGGAGCUCAGCUUGCUUUGAGUAGCAUCUGCAAUGUGCUGAAAUACACUGGAAUGUUCUUAACUGGGGAGUGAAAUCACUGUACAAAGUGGCCGUAUUUUUAUUCUUCUUUCUGGAUGUAAAGAUUAGCGAUGAUUUGUAAUAUUCCAAAUAAAAAUGUUAAAUUAUUUAGCAGUAA